GUCACUUGUGCAGAAGAGGAAGGGGAUGGGAAGUGUGUGUGUAUCUGAAGAACUGAGUGGAUUUGGGAGUGCUGUAGCUUUCACCUCCCACUGGGUGGAGUAGGGGCUUUAAGAGCAGCUGGAAUGUAGUUUCCAUAAUCAGAGUUGAGCCAAUUGUUGCCUGCUUGUACCUCUGCCAGUCCUGAAAGAGCAGUGCUCUGAGAAGCAACUCGGCUCAACUAGCAGUUGCUUCCUUAGGACUCACCUCUCAGGGCAGCGCUGCCCGGCUGAGCAAGAGCAAGGAGCUCCUGUUUGGAAGGAAGGAGCAUUUCAUUGUUCCUAUCAUGGGAGAGGAUGCUGUGCAAGCUGAAAAGUUCCAGGCUAGAGACAACCCUGGCCCGGAGGUGCUGCUGCACCAGGAAAAGGCAUCAAAUGCCAGCCCUGUGCCAUCGUCCACUCCGAGCGCCAGCCUGAACUGUGUGACCACAGAUGAGUCAAUCCGGGAGAGUUCCCAGGUGAACGCUGUCACGGUGCUUACCCUCCUGGACAAGCUGGUGAACAUGCUGGACACCGUGCAGGAAAACCAGCACAAAAUGGAACAGCGGCAGAUCAACCUGGAGGGCUCCGUCAAGGGCAUCCAGAACGACCUCACUAAGCUGUCCAAGUACCAGACCUCCACCAGCAACACAGUCAGCAAACUCCUGGAGAAAUCCCGCAAAGUCAGCGCACAUACCCGCGAGGUCAAGGAGCGCAUGGACCGCCAGUGUGCCCAGGUGAAGAGGCUGGAGAGCAAUCACGCCCAGCUCCUGAAGAGAAACCACUUUAAAGUGCUCAUCUUUCAGGAAGAAAACGAGAUUCCUACCAGUGUGUUUGCAAAAGAGCCUGUUCCCAGCAUAACCGAAGGAAAAGAAGAGUCUGUGGAUGAGAACAGGUCCCUGGAAGAGACCUUGCAUACAGUGAACCUGUCAUCAGAUGAUGAAAUGCCUAAUGAAGAUGAUGCCCUGGAAGACAGUGCCGAGGAAAAGGUGGAAGAAAGCAGGGCAGAGAAAAUAAAAAGAUCAAGCCUCAAGAAAGUGGAUAGCCUCAAGAAAGCCUUUUCUCGCCAAAAUAUUGAGAAGAAAAUGAACAAGUUAGGCACAAAGAUUGUAUCUGUGGAGAGGAGGGAGAAGAUUAAGAAAUCUUUCACCACCAACCACCAGAAGACAUCAUCAGGGAAAAGCUCCCCUUUCAAAGUAUCUCCCAUUACUUUUGGCCGGAAGAAGGUUCAUGAAGAAGAAGGUCCCGCUGAUGAAGAGACCAAACCAGUGGAGACACCAGCCAGUGACCAGGCCCUUACUGAGAAUGAAGCAAGUUCUUUCACUGAGGCCCUCUCAGACACAUCUCUCCCUACAGCUCAGGUGGAAGAGAAUACAACCAAAGAUGUUCAGGAAAAACCAGCAACAAAGAAUAUCGAGCUGUCAAUUGUUGAAGAUGAAGAGUUUGAAAUGGCCCAGGAAUACUCACAAAAGAACCAUGAUGACCACUACAGACUCACCAUUGGAGAAACAGAAGAGUCUGAUGAAGAGCAAGCCCAGCCUGCUGUUCUCCAAAUAGACCAAACAGCAUAACUUCUGAGCUUUCUUUCAUGCCUACAACAACCACAAGGUUCAAUUAAGUGAAUAACCAAAGUCUAUGAAUAAGCUGCUGGCUAUCUCCAGUGUUAUUGAUUGACUUCAUUACCUGUUAUUUCCUUUGCAGUAAUAAUUUAUUUCAUAGUAGCAUCAUCCAAAAUGACCAAGACUUACUACUAUGUAGGCAACCUAUCUGGUGCUUUAUGUCUCUUUAUCUCUCUUACUAGUUGGCUCCAUUCAUAUAGGAUUUCUCUGAGCAUUAAUUUAAAAAAAAAAAUAAAGCAAUUGGGGGAGGGGAAAGCUGAUCAAUUUGGCUUCAUGAAGCCACCAGAUGACUGGGAUACUAGUCAUGAAGCCUAUGAUUCAAUGUUUCCUCUCUCCUAAUAAUUUUAUACCAUAGUGAAUAAUGUAGCAUGAACGUAGUAUUAACAGAAUCUGAUUUCCCAUACUUGUGCUAACUGUGAAUUACUGAUUGUUUUGGUGGGUAUAUGUGUAGGUAUAUGUGAAUUUUACGGAGGUUCCACGGCACUUGAAGCCUAAAGAACUUGCAGAGAAUAGAGAUUAGAAUAUGACAUUCACUUAAAAGAAACCACUGAACUAUAUAAUAUCAUGGAGAAGUCAGCAAAAAGAAAGAGAGAAAGAAAAAAAGUAUAGACAGGCCUAAUGAGCCAAGGCAAAAAAGGAGAGACAGAGGAAAAGUGGUAGAGAGAGAGAAAAAAGGAGAAGUAGGAAAGGGGACAGGGAAAGAGAGGAAGAAGAAACAAAAAUAUAAAGAGAUGGGGAAAAUGCUUCUAGUAUUAACCUAACUAAUUAAUUCCUUAAAUAACACUGUUUAAUGCUUUCCUAUACCCUGGGAUAGUAUUCUAGUAAAUAGUAUCUUUGAAAUAUUGUGUCAGCAGCUAUUUUGAAAAUAAUAUAGUAGAUACAUAAUUUGUACAGUAUUAAAGCAGAAAAGUAACAAGAAUGUAAUGUUUUCUUAAUGAAGAUAAUAAGCUUUAAAUGGUUCUCUGAGGAAACUCAAGAGGAUAUGCUCUAGUUAAAGAUGAAAUGACUUAGGGAACAGAAAAUUCCAAUCAAUAGAUGUAGGAUUUUGCCAAGAAUUACAGCUUCCUUUGCCUUCUUUUUAUAAUUUCCGAGUUGAAGCCUAUAUCCUUGUGUUACAGAGUCUGAGUUUCCAAAUGAUUCAGGAUCAGGCACUGGAAGUUUGUGGGAAUGAGGAGAUCAGGUAAAAUUAACUAUCUCCAUUCUGUAUACAAUAUUAAUUGCAUUCCAGAACAAAGCUCACUUACUUAGAGAUUAAUUUACAAAGGAUUAUAACCAAUUUUUAUAUUCUUGAAGCACAGUAAUGUUUAUAUACAUUUUUAAAAAAAAAUACAAACAUAUUAGAUUUUAGUCCUGGCUUAUACUGUGGCAAAGGGUUGCUUUCUCUAAAAGUAUUUUUCAGUGAAAAAAUGCUGAUGUGAUGAGGAAAAUAUUACAUCAUAAAUAGCUUAAUGACAACAGUAUUUAAGGAAAGAAAAUUCCAUGCCACCAGUAAAUCAUAUGAGGAAUUGCCUUUUCCCUUUCCUCCCCACAAAGAGAGGUUCCUAGAAUACAUACUUCAAUGUUUCAACACUUUGAGAAUGCAUGACUCAGCCAACAGGGGAACUCUGCCCAUGGAGACCAUUCUCAACCCUCCCCCCAACUUGGUAAAAAAUCCUCCAAGAGCUGCCAUAGACGAAAAUCAGCAAUAGCUGAUAGUCAACCAUCUGCUGAAGGAACUCUUCAUAUAAGCUGGCCUGGAUCUCAGAAGAUAGGCAUACCAUCUAUUGCCAGUCCUAUUGACAUGCACUGGAAGCCGUGCCAUCUUAGUGGGACCUGUCAGAACUUUCACUCUACUGACAUUGCCUUUAAGAACCCAGUGUCACCCCCAUGCCUUCAUGAUAAAUCAUAGUAAGGCUUCAGUGGUAGAAAAGGACAUUGAUAUUAAUAUACAAUAUCAAGAUGUCUGCUAGUACAGGUAAACCUGAAUGAACAAAUCUUGCUUUCUGUAAAGAUAAAUCUGAUCAUAUGAAAGGCUCCCAUUCCUAUGAGUAUGCAAAUAUCAGCUGCUUUAGGAGACAUUGUAUAGUGGAAGGAACAUUAGGUUUGGAGACAGAAGAGACAGAUUCAAAGCCCAGCUCUCCCACUUAUACACACACAUACAUAUACAUAUAUGUAUAUGUGUGCAUGUGCAUGUGUGUAUAUAUACAUAUAUAUAUACACAUACACAUGCAUACAUGCAUACAUACAUAGAUAUCCAUUUUUACAGCCACUUAUAAAGAAGAAAUGGGAUGACAAAUUAUCCACUGGGGCUAGAUGUGAAUUUUUAAACCUGUUUUUGCUUUUUUUCCCUAAGUAAUUCCUCAGAGGUGGGCACCCUGAAUUUGCAGAAGUCAUUACACCCAUGCAACAAGACAACAAGGAACCGGGCUCUUUUUCAGAGAGCAUCUUAGAAAGGCAAUCUUUUUGUUCGUUUGUUUGGGGGUUUUUUGUUUUGUUUUUUUGCAGGGCAAUGAGGGUUAAGUGACUUGCCCAGGGUCACACAGCUAGUAAGUGUCAAGUGUCUAAGGCCAGAUUUGAACUCAGGUCCUCCUGAAUCCAGGGCCGCUGCUUUAUCCACCGUGCCACCUAGCUGCCCCCAGAAAGGCAAUCCUUAAUGGACAUUUUCCCUAGCAAGAAGCAUAGUGGUAGAUUCCUAUUUUGUAUUAGCAACAGUAUAAUUUCAAAUACUGAAAAGUUGUACUAACAGCAGAUAUAUUAAAGGGUAAAUAAAUUUUUUUUAAAGUGUCCAACAAUGUGAAUUUCUUGACAGAGCAAUUUUCGAAUAUGGCAGAAGGAUCUGAUUUUUAGUCUCCAUGGUAAACAGACCAGUAAUGUUGAUUGUUUCAGUCUUGAUUUCCCCUAUUAACUUUCCUUCCUUUUUCCCUGAUCUCAUUUAGAAAACCAAGCCUCAUUCUUCAAGUUUAACUUUCCUGACAUCACCUUGCCAGCUCUGGAGAGCCUCUGAAUACAAGGGAGCAGCUUGAUGAUUCUGAUAGCUCCAUCUGCAUUUUUAUUGUAAUUCACCAGACUUUAUAAUGCCUUAAAGAGUUCUACAAACAUAAAUGUAUUGAGCUGUACAUUCAGUUUAUUCACAUAGAUAAACCUUUGUCUCCUAUAGUGCCACGCACUUGCUGGAAGACUUAAUUUUACUGACAGUCCAAAACACACAUGUUUAACCUUUAUGGAGUUGCUGUCAGCUCCCAGCAGCCAUGAAAUUGGGGCACCAAAAUCUAAUGUCAUGUUUACAUUUCCCUUUCAGAAAUGCCUAUUCCAUUUGUUCCUAUAAACUAGAUGCCAAUAAGUACAACAUGGAAAAUUGUACCCUGGCUUUUUUUUUUUCCAGCUUUUACAGGAAAUAGAAUCCAUUACCUUUUUAGCCUCCUACGUAAUAAAGUCCUGUGCAAUAAAACAGAGAAUUAGACCAAAUAAUUGGUUGAAAACACAUUUUUAUGGGGAUUAGAGGUGACAACAGUGGUAGAAUUGAACAGUUAUUCAUUCUAUGUUACCGCUAAAUUAUUUACUUAUUGGGUGACUCUGCGAAGUCCCUCGAAUUCCUUCUACAUGUGUUCUUCCCACCCACCCCCCAGCACUUUCAAACUGUGCCCACAGAUGCCAAAUUGAGCUACUUUCCACUAAAGUUUCUAAUGCGAUUCAACCCAAAAAGCUUUUAUUAAGCAGUUGGUAUGUGAAUGAUAUCAUUUUCUAAGUACUAGAAAAAGAAAGGUAAACCAGAGAAUAAUCCUUACUUGCAAAAAGUUUAUAUCCUGCUUUGAGGAAGAAGGUUAAGAGGAUGCAACAUGAAACAGGUAAAUAUAUAUGUAAAUAUAUAAAUAUAAAUCAUUUGAGGAGGGAGAGGGAAAACUAACAACUAAUAAAAUUCAGGAAAGGCUUCUAGUAGGAGGUGGCCAGGGGAAGAGAUUAAAUGGAACCAGGAAGACCAAGAGGUAGAGAUAGGUAGGGAAUGCAUUCUUUGAAUAGGGAGAGCCUGUGUAAAGAUACAGAAGGAAAGAUGGGAAAUGGUGUGUACUGGACAGGGAACUGCAAACUUGUCCAGUACAGAAUUUUGGAAGGAAAUAAUCUAAAAUAAAUCUGGAAAGCUAGGCUGGAGAGUAAGACGGUAAAGGGCUGAUUAACCAGACCUGGAACCCAUAGCCUGGAAAUGUAUUUCACAAAUAAGUCUGUGUCAUGCUGCAAGUCUCACUGAAAUACAGCAGAAGAAUCUAAAAGUAUCAACAAAUAAAAAUUUUCACCCUAACAGGAAUAUCUUCUUUCCAAACAAGCAAAGAGCAAACACAGUUUUUUUGCUUCAAAAUAAAAGGUUUGAACUUCAGCAGAAUCUAUACAUAAAAUGGGUUUCUGCAAGCCCAUGAAAAUCCAUUUGACUGGUUUGCCCCCCCAUCCCCCAGGAUGCAUUUAUGCUGCAGUUCAACUGACCCAGAGACCAGGCAAUGUCCCCCACCCCCAAGGCACUUGCUCAUUGUGAACUUUGUUGGCUCUCUGCCCCUCAUUCCUCAUUCCUUAACAAGCAUCUCAGAAAAUACUCUGAUUUCAGUGUUCUAAGGCAAUACCCCAGUGCCUUGCCCCAUGGGUGACAAACAGUGUCCUAUUAGUGCCACAUCAGCUCUUUGCCUAAAACUCUAUAUAAAUUAAAGCCCUGUGUGGUUUGAAGCCUUAGAUCAGAGUAUGCCACUAGCAUGCUAAUGGAGCUAGAGAUAGGGU